AUGGGUACACUAAGUGUUUUUGGAGUUAUGCUAGCAGUAUUAGCAAUCGUCAGUGCCCAGCGCUGUUCCGUAGUGAUCCGCACCGAUAUUCCAGCGCGAGAUCCAGUGUACUUGAACUUUAAAGAUGGGGUACCCCAUCUAUGGGCGCCAAAUGGUCCUGCGUUGAUGUGGAAUUCAACUCAGGAAGAAACGGCACUGUUGUGUUCUGGGAGCAACAACGUUCUGGUUGCCUCUAAUUUAGCAACUAGUCAUAAAUCAUGUGUUGAUGGAACUACAUUUAACGUGGAAGGGGUCGAAGUAGCUGCUCAGGAGUUGCAGUGUCGCAACCAGAUUACGGGGGAUACCAUCAAUACCGGUCAGUCAUGUGGCGGUCGUGGAACGCUGCUGUACCUCGGGUUCAACUCGCAGAUCUAUGGAUUCAUUCCGUACAUCCACACGUGUUUCGAUAUGGUACGAGCUGCCCUACUGUGGACACGACACAUUCUACCCGGAGCUGCUGUACGAGGAUCUAUGGUUGAAUCCUCUCGACCUGCAUGGAAAGUUGCUGGAAUGCCUUCGCACGUGAGACCCGCUACUUCCUACACUCAGGCAUCUCAGUUGGAACGUUUGACGCAGUUGCUGGGUUCGGCUGAGCAAGCUGCCAGGUUUGUGUUUCCCAACUCGUUCAUGGCCCGUGGUCACAUGUCACCCGAUGCCGACGGUAUCUACCGGAGUUGGCAGUUUACAACGUAUUUUUUCACCAACGCUGUUCCCAAGUGGCAAGUGGUCAACAACGGAAAUUGGGCUCGCGUUGAACGACUCACCCGAGACACUGCCGCCAGUCUUCAUGAAGAUCUGGUAAUUAUCCAGGGAACUGACGGAAUUCUAACCCUUCCUCAUGAAGACGGGCGUCAAAUUCAAAUCUCCCUCGAAGAUGGAGGACUGGAAGCGCCUCGCUGGCUGUGGAAGAUAAUCAAAUCUCCAAAACUGAACGCCGGAAUUGCGUUUGUCACAUCCAACAAUCCGUUCGAAACGGCCAUCGAACCGUGGGAUUUCAUCUGUACGGAUGUAUGCGCCGAAACGGGCUGGACUGAUGAAAAUUAUGCAAACUACGCCCGCGGGUACACGUACUGUUGUGAUCCAAACGAGUUGAUUGCCAAUGUUGCCACGGCCACCCAGGAAGGGCUCGUUGGACGACUGCUGCUGCCCAGCAUGGUUUAG